CCCACAAAGGCAUAUCAUUCUAGCAUCAUGUUUCAAGACGAACGAAUCAACUAGAGUGAUUCCGUUUUCGCUGCAUGAUUCUGGGACGUAUCGCGUUUCAGACACAGCCGCACUCGACAAAACACAGAAUGGCUACUCACACACCCCAGUAUCACAGCUUAUCAUUGCCGAUCUUGAUAUCGUACAAGCAUAUAAUUAUGCAGGGAGAGUUCUUCAAGAGGGCGCAUUGUUUCGAAACUACACAGCUAUCAGCCCUCUCGCUUUGCCCUACGAGCUGCAUGGAACUUAGUUCAAAGUACAUACAUAGACGGUGGCGAUUAAUUACAAGUUUAGGCUCAAAAUCGAUGCGGGUCAUCCAGCAUCUCAUUGUUUACUUAUAUAGGGCCAGCAUAAUGUUUAUAUAUGGCUAUUUCUCACUACAGAAUACACGAUUCAGAUUCUGAACACGCUAGCCGCUAUGAAUAUGUUACCAUUGAUGGGUAACCAGGAGAAUACGUUGAACAAUUGGGCUUCAAAUAACCUGGGCAGGCCUCGGGAUAGCUCCAUGGUCUUUUUAAUGAGGGAGACAGGUCUACAGCAAGAACAAAUAGAUCACUGGUGGACCAUUCAAGAGAAUACUCGUCCCAAUAUAACAAUUACGUCUGGAGAAGUAGGCCUGUUUUCUGAGAUUGACGCGUGUGGUUCUGAAAGCCGCAAUUCCAAACGUGCACACCUCGACUUUUCAGACUCGACACCCAUUUUAUUGGGCAACAACAUACAAGACUUCGAUGCAGCUUUUUCCGGUUUUGAUGAUUGGUCUCCUCUCGAACAAUCAUGUUAUGAUUUGCAUGGACCCUCCUCCACGGAUCUGAUGAAUUUUCACCCCCACGGAAAUUGGUGCGAUCAGUCGACGGAGCAUAGUCUCCUUCACUCAGAUACUAUGAAAUCCUCCGAUACCGAUUCAGUAUCGUCGAUAUCAUCAGGUUAUGAGAGUAAGCGCACUUCAAACAGAUCAUCCGGACGUACUUGGGGCACUACAUCAACGCUUUUCUCAGUAGACGAAGCCCAGGAGACAGGCCCAACUAACGCACCUCAGAGUUUCCCGUAUCAUCAGACCACACAACCAGCAAUUUUGGCUUCGAUUACAGAUUUUCAACACAAAUUAGCUGGUGAUCUCGAUACAAGCGAGUUCACUACUCAACACUACAGCUUAGAAUCUAGCCCUCAACCACCUACAAGCUUGAGACGCAAAUCAAACACCAAUCUCAAUUCUAAGAAACUACCAAAUGUACCUCAGAAGCUUUUGAGAUAUAGCUGUACUAUCUGCCGGCAAUCAUUUGAACGUAAAGGUGCUAAGGGUGACUGGAAAAGGCACGAACAGACAAAGUGCGAGCAACAGAAACUGUGGUACUGUAUGUCUGAAGAGCCCACUUUUCAAGCACAUAAUAUUUGGUAUUGCAUGUUAUGCAAUCAUGCUGAUGGAAAUCGCAAUGAGAUGAUUGGCCAUCUAAUUAAGGAACACCGAUUUCAAAAUUGCUGGAGUAAACCUUUGUCUAAAAGGAGCCAUCCCAGGAAGGACAAGUUAAGGGAUCAUUUGAAGAAACAUCAUGCUUUAUCGGAAGGAUCCAAUGGUUGGGAAGCAUGGCAUCAAGAUUUGCCGGAAAAAAAGGCUUGGGGCUGCGGCUUCUGUGGUGGUUGCUUUUUCACUUGGGAUGCAAGACUUGACCAUAUUGCCGAGCACUACGAAAAGCAAGGUCUUGAUGUAUCAGAAUGGUCAUUGACGAAUGUAAUCAAAGGCUUGCUCAAACAACCUAGAGAAUGGGAUAUAUUGACUGCUUGGAACACAAUCGUUGGUCACAAUGAAAAUUCCUGUACAUGGUCAGAUGAUAACGCUCUGAUGUUGCAGCGCAAGCUAGAGUAUCGCGACGGCACACCACAGAGUCUGGCCGAAGAGGCGAGAAGAUUGGCUAAAAUAUCUCCUCACAACUCCGUGCCGCAGACUUGGCCCCUCUAUGAAUCUCGUGCAAUAAGACUAACACGAGAUUUGUUGACUGAGCCUCCGAGAAAAAAUCCUUUAAACAGGCACGGCGGCGUCUUUUAUGGGGAACCUUCUUGGGCACAUGUUAAGCACGCAGAUUUCGGAAUGCAAGGUGAUAAUUAUGGUGGAUAUAUUUAAUGGUCGAGUAAUCUAAAUUAAUCUGAAUGAUAGAGACGUACGCAGAAGCAAUGGUAUGUGGGAGCUGGCUAUCCACAUCCUAGAGUUUUUUGAUUCAUCAGUCGAUCCUGGUGCUGAGCGCUAUAGAUGAAUUCAUCAUUUGCUCAGAUAUUCAAGUAACCUGGACGGUAAAAGAAUGGAGCCAACGGAGAGAGGUUUCGGGCUGGAGAAGACAAUAAUGUCGAUGCGGUAAUUGAAAGUCUCCCGAGUUCAGGUUUCCGGCGGGGCUGGUGGUGGUUAAUAUAAAUUUAAAGUUCAUACAUCAAAGCAGACUUC